AUGGCUAUUGAACACAGUUUCCAAUUUGGAUCGGUCUUGGCUCCAACACUGUUUCUCUUACAUAUCAACGACCUCCUCUCCUGCACGAUCAACCCAAUCCACAGCUUCGCUGAUGACAGCACUCUACAUACAGGAAUUAAGAACCUGGAGGCUAUCACUGCUUGGGGACGCAACAUUCUUGUACAGUUCAAUGCUUCUAAAACACAGUACUGUACUUUGACGAACAAAAAGCGUCCUAGCGCUCAUCCAAUCACCGAGGACCUCAUCGGGCUCGAACACAUCUCGUUAAUAGCUGCAGCUGCUGGGAAAAAGCUAGGCUAUUUAUUUGGGGCUAAAAACCUCGAGUAUUGCUCACACGUUUGGGGUGCUGCCGCCCCGAAUACAUUAUCCAUGCUCGAUGCUGUCCAGAGGGCCGAAUGA